UUAAGAAGCAAUAAGGUAAAUUUGUUUGAAAUUACCUUUUUUUUUAAACUAUAUAUUAUACUUCCUUAUCUUUACUCAUCCUAUUGAACUGUUUUUGCUUCUGACCUGUUAGCUAGUUUGUCAGUUUCUGGUUUAAACAGGUACACAGAACAAAGCAGGCAUACGUAAGAGUCGAGACUUGCUGGUUAUAUCACCUCAUUAAAACAACAAUACCCAGAAUGCCAUGCUGUUACUUUGGUAACCUCUUUUUUUUUACGUGCAUCCACCACGCGUGCUAGCCUCAAUGAAAAGCUGCCAAUGACCGGAACAGACCAUUUCACAGCACAAGCGGGGGGGUAGUCCCGGUAAGGAGAAGUACAGGAAACAGAGAAGGUAGGAAAUGUGCUGUUGAACUCUUCAACGUUUAUCUUUUCAGUCGACCCAGAGAGCGACUGUGAGAGCGCCGCUUACGUAAAGUCGCCGAAUUAGUUGCUUGAGCAGCAUCCUGGAUCUGAAACACGCCUCUCUUCUGCUGAGUUUCGCGCCGACGCUGUGCCGUUACAUGACAGCGGUGCGGCAGCGCGCCGGCAGAGCCGGUCCUGAAAGCGCGGCGCAGCUGUAGUCACCGUGUCGCUGCGCCCGUUGUAGCCCCACAGGCUCGUGGGAGUGAUGGGGAAAGUUAAGUUAAACAACUGAGGCGGCGGUCGACACGGAAAAAAUGGUCAGGGGUGUGUGCAUGUCCCUACCGGAACCGGUCAUGGCCGACAAGCUCGCUUCAGUCGAGCAGCCGCUGAAGAAGUUCCACGCGGCGGGACUCCCCAACGGGAAGGAGGCCGCUGCAGACGGCCUGCACGCCAGAGGGCAGUGGGCCAGCAAGGCCGAGUUCCUCCUGGCAGUGGCGGGGCAGAUUAUCGGGCUGGGCAACGUCUGGAGGUUUCCGUAUCUCUGCUACAAAAAUGGAGGAGGUGUUUUCUUUGUACCGUACCUGCUGUUCCUGGUGCUGUGUGGCAUCCCCCUCUUCCUCCUGGAGACCUCGCUGGGACAGUACACCAGCCUGGGAGGGGUCAGCGCCUGGAAGACUAUCUGCCCAAUAUUUGGAGGUCUCGGUUACGCCAGCCAGGUGAUGAUCCUACACGGCUGCGUGUACUAUAUCGUCAUCCUGGCCUGGGCACUCUACUACCUGUCCUACAGCUUCCAGGCGGAGCUGCCGUGGUCGCACUGCAACAACACGUGGAACACAAAUUCCUGCGUGCUCUUCCAGCACCUCAACCAGACAGCCAAUGGAAGCAGCCCGCUGGAGAACGCCACCUCCCCCGUCAUGGAGUUCUGGGAGCGGGAGGUGCUCCGCCUGUCCGACUCGCUGGAUGAGCUGGGCCCCAUCAGCUGGAAGCUGGCCCUCUGUCUGGCUGCCAUCUGGCUCAUCUGCUACUUCUGUGUCUGGAAGGGAGUGAAGUCCACCGGAAAGGUGGUGUACCUGACUGCCACCUUCCCUUACGUCAUGCUGUUUGUGCUGCUGGUGCGCGGUGCCACCCUCCCCGGAGCGACCCAGGGCAUCAUCUACUACCUCAAACCCGACAUCGCCCGCCUGGCAGACCCCCAGGUAUGGAUGGAUGCAGGUACCCAGAUCUUUUUCAGUUAUGGAAUCGGCUUGGGAAGUCUCACAGCUCUUGGAAGUUACAACAAAUACAACAAUGACUGCUAUAAGGACUCUUUCCUGCUGUGCCUCCUCAACAGCACCACCAGUUUCCUGGCCGGCUUCGCCAUCUUCGCAGUUCUGGGCUUCAUGGCUGAAGAACAGGGCGUGGACAUCGCCGCUGUGGCUCAGUCAGGGCCCGGUCUUGCCUUCAUCGCAUACCCAAGAGCGGUGUCCAUGAUGCCCCUGCCCCAGCUGUGGGCCGUCUGCUUCUUUCUCAUGAUCAUCAUGCUGGGGCUGGACACUCAGUUUGUGAGUCUGGAGGCGCUGAUGACGUCGGUGACGGACCUGUACCCCCACCUGAUCCGGCGGGGCCGCCGCAGAGAGCUACUGCUGCUGCUCGUGUGCAUCGUCUGCUUCCUGGUGGGGCUGGUCAUGGUCACGCCGGGGGGGCUCUACGUGUUCCAGAUCUACGACCACUUUUCCUGCAGUGGAGCCAGCCUGCUGCUGCUCUCCAUCUUCCAGUCUCUGGCUGUCGGCUGGGUGUACGGAGCUGAGCGCUUCAGCUCCAACAUCCGAGACAUGACGGGCUACACCCCGCUGCCUGUUUUCAAACUGUGCUGGAAGUAUUUGACCCCGGCUGUGUGCACAGCCACCUUCAUUUUCUCCUUGGUGCGCUGGUCUCCUCUGAGCCUCGUCAAAGGUCUGGUCGCUCCGCUCUGGGCCUCCACGUUGGGCUGGCUCCUCACCCUCUCUUCCGUCUCCCUCCUCCCCAUCUGGGCCAUCUACGCUCUGAUCACCACGCCCGGAAACCUGUCGCAGCGUUUCCAGCGUCUCUGCAGCCCCACGAAGAAGUCCUUCCACCACCUCUCCCCGAACAGCUCGGUGCUGGCCUACAGCCCCGUGCUCCCCCUCACCGAGAAGCCAAAGGAGAAGGUGGCGGGACUCAUCCAGGACCAGAUGACAUGAGGAGGACAUGGCGUCACCCCGUGUGCUGCUCACCCGACCAGGACAAGCUGGACCCCGUUAGCAGGGCUGGACCCUGAUGGAGCACCCCCCCCUCUUUCCAACCAACGUGACCCGGUGCUACUUCACUGCUUAGCUGGUUCCACAUGGUAGAACCUGUCGGUUUCCCGCUCAUCCAACAUAUAACUUCUGUAUCCGUCUCUCCAAACUGGCUCUUUUAAUCUGGAAUUUAAUCUAGCCUGCUUUCCGUCGAUUCCUCCAUUUGCUUUGCACAAUCCAACGCCGUCUGGAACCGGCUUGGUGGAGGCGGGGCUUAAAGACCGCCAGGUUGUGCUCCGCCUCGUGAAACAAAGGGGUUUUCCUGAACCUUCCGUCCCCCCCAUUGGCUCCAACCAGCUUACCUUCUGGAUCCCGUCGGCCUUUUCCUCCCGUGGUUUGGUAUUUAUUUGACAGUUCGGUGGCCGUGUCGGCCGCUACCUGCUAGCAGCUCCGACCGCCGCUUUGGGCUCCCUGUAUUCUCUCUGAGAGAGAAGGAGAGAUCAGCUUUGGUUUGGCUGCGUCACGUCGGUCUAAUGGUUUGAAAGAAAACGUUUUAACGCCUGCAGUUUAGGUAACUCGCUGGCAAAAGGUUUUCCAACUAUUUCUGCAACAAAUCGGUUUUAGUUUUUGACGAAAAUGUUACGAAACCAUCAGCAUUCAAUUUAAGGGAAAACCGGACCACAGAAUGGAUCGAACAAAAGACAAAGUUGUGCGUUAGAAUACGAAAAGCUUUCAACCUUUUUUUUUAGAUAACAACCUGAUAGAUUUUAUUACACCGUAUGUUUAUGAAAAGAAAGUUUUUUUGUUGUUUUUUUUUUGCUAACAAUCUGUGUAGAAUUCCUGUUAGAUUUGAAAUUGCUGCUGCUGCCUGAUAGAAAAGUUUUUUUAGCCCGAAAAAAAAAAUCAAAAGUAUGAUAUAAAAAUGUUUUAAGCUCUGAGGAUGUUUUAGGAAAUAUUCAGAAUUGUCAAGAAUAUAUUUAUGAGCUGAUAAAAUUUAGUUUUUAAUCUUGGAGAACCCACAGAGUCAAAUUUCGCUUUUUUAUUUUCUAGACUUUUAUUUAUUCAGAUUGUUUACACGAUUCUUUCUUCUUUCUUUCUGCGCCUUUGAGCAGAGAUUUCCCCCAAAAACUCAUAAAACGAAAUUCUGACAUUUCAAAAAACUAUGACACCAAAUCUCGUAUGGGAGCUCAAAAUCUAUUUUCAUAUCCAAAGAAGGUUUUGAAAUUAUUAUGGGAUGGACACAGGACCUACGGCUUGGCGGCUGUUUUGUGGCAAAGUGUGAAGUAUUUUAAUGUUAAGAAAAACUUCAUGAAAUUUCACGCACGUGUUGCCAGGUUAAGUCUACAACCACAACCGAAGUUUAGUUGAACUUUGACCUCCUGAAGAGGCUCCACCCUGAAUUGAAAAAAUAAAUAAAUGAAAUCCUCUUUAGUAGCUUCUACAAAUUUCAACCCCUCCUGGGGAUUUCAAUGUAUCGCCUCAGCAUCUUUGAGAAGAUACCAGGGGGAAAAAAGUUGGAAACAGAGUUUGAGCGGCGUCCGCGUGGCGAGCUCGCAAAAGUGCCGUUCCCUGUUCCUUGGACAUUGUUUACCGGAAUAUUGACAAAAUGUAAUACAUGAAUCCCUAGCUCAAGCCGAACAAAACAAUACAACAUACGAUAUGCACAUAUGAGGAAUGUGGGCGUGGUUAACCAAAAAACGCCGUUGCCAAGGAAAUCCGAAAGUUUACUUUUGUCGAUUCUUCUAAAAAUGACAUAGACCUGUUCGUUACCACCAGAGGACCAAAAAAUGCAAUGGUUGCUAUGGAGAUAAAACAACAGAAAAGCUUCCAUUAAUACAAAAAGUGUUUUUUUAAUGAAUUUGUCUUGUGCAGCUUUGACCAGGGUGACAGAGGAGAGGGGGAGAGAAAGGCACGUGUAGCUGCCCCUCAGCCAGUGAGGGCGGAUCAAGGGGGGGGGGGUGAGAGGGGAGGGGGCGUGGCUUUUUUUCUUUGGAAGUGGCUACCACCCAAAUUGAGCAAAUUCAGCACAAUCCGUUAAACGCACUUUUAAAGCCCCGAAGACAUUUUUUCUUGGGUUCUUCAGGAUUAAAUAAAAUUUAUUUGGAAUAUGACACAGUUUAGAGGAUUAAAACAAUAGUUUUAUGAAAAAUACUUCUGGAAAACGGAGCUGAAACAAUUCCGAAGGAAACAUUAGCUCAAGUUCACAAACUGAUCUGCAUCAAUCAUGCGUUGCCUUUUUUUUUUCAUUAGGAAAAUCACAAUUUUUUCCUUCAAAGACAUUUAAAUGUUUAUUUUUUUGAAUGUUGUUGCCGAAAAACAAACUAUUGUGUGCAAUUACGAAGAAAGUCAUCAUCAAAUGUGUUUUUAUCAACUUCUUUCUGUGACUUCCUGAUUUGGAAUUGUCAGAAAACUCUUAAAAAUUCACUUUUCUUGUUGAGUUUUUCCCCCACACCACGUUUUUUUUUCUUUCCUCUGCGUCUUUGCAGAUUCCAGAUUAUUAAAUCAGAUUAGCGUUAGCUCGCUAUGCUGUAUGUCUAGGACAGGAAGUACUGUACGCCGGGAUCCUGCAGAAGCCCCGGCCCAUGGGAAACAUUUCUGGGGCGAGUGUGAUGUGUUCAAGUGUCUGAAAUCGACUUACCAUCAUCUCUGUUUACAGGUUUAAUCACGUGCCUCAUGUUUUCUAAUGGGAUUCUUCUUAUGUUUACAUUUGUGUGCAUGUGUACAUUAAAAAAAACUGAAUGAUAACUCCA